CAACAACAAACAACGAAAAGAAGCACAAGUAAAAUAAAAUCAGAAAAUUUACUUCAAAGAAAAAAUGUAGUUAUAAAAACGGCGCGGAAAUUUUACAAUAAAACUCAACAAAAUAAUUGAAAUUUAUAUACCAAUUAAAUUGCCUUAACGUUUUUUACAAAUAUUUUAUAAAUUAAAAGUUGCUACAACCGUUUAGCCGGAGUUUACAUCGAUAGAAAAAAUUACCUUCAAAACAGAAGAUUUUUUUCUCCGUUCAUAUAUAUUCCUCUUCUGCAGCUACUACUACAGUUUUUUUGACACGGGUAUGUUACGAUUGGUGCGGUUAGAUGCGAGGCAGAUUAAAGAGGAAACCCGGUGGCUGAGAGACGUGACCAAACGCAUUGUAUCUUAAAAAUAAAAAAAGUUGAAAGGCCAAAUCACAGACAAUUAUAUAGUGGCUCAUCAUAAGUCCUACGCAAGUGUCGGCCAUUAUUAUUAAAAACAAAAGAAAAACUGCAGAACCGAACAAUAAAUACAUGAAGUGUGAAAAUUCAACAAGCGGCACCAUAUCCCCCAUUUAAUGAAUUAAAUGAUAAAAUUUUGUACAUUUAUCUGGAUUUAAUCAAAACGCGUGUUGUUUUGCUGACCAGUUGACUGAUUUUGACUGCCUUAAUAAUUGUGUGUAUGUGAGUGUCUAUUUGUUUUGUCUUUAAUUUGUCCUCUUUAAAGUCACAAAAAAUGGUGCGUCGACGAACGCGCGCUACUGUGGCUCCCAAAGCAGCGGUCAAUAGUGUGUUGGAGAAUGGAUCAGCAGUUGCCUUGACAAACGCCCAACUACUUGAAGAUCAAUAUUUUGCAAGUCCCAAGAGAAAAGACUGUAAAGUUGAAGAGAAUUCCUCCAGUAAUGAUGGUUUUGUUAGUGGUGCUAGCGAAGAUGACGGAUUAGUAAAACCCAAAAUGAAAUCACCAAGUCCUAAUAAAAUGAAGGGUGAACGUGGCGCUAUAAAUGGCAAGACUAUUGGUGUUCCAUUGGCAACGCGCUCACAAACACGCACCAUAGAGAACUUUUUUAAAGCUAAUGCAGCUGCCAAACAACAUAAUAAAUCAAACAAAUAUUCACCAGAACCUCAAAAGAUUAUACAACCCACAUUGUCUGCCUCUGUAACACCACCACAAAUGGUUAAUUACAACGCAAUCAUCACACAGCAACAACAACACCAACACCAACAAAACGGACAUGAUCAUCAUAACGAUCACGGUGAUCAGCAAGAACAAUUGUAUCAACAGCAAUUGCAAAACCAACAUCAUCAACAACAUCAACCAAUUAUAAAUCGUCGCAGUCUCGACAAUGUUAUUGUUCCACAAGAAUUCAUAUUUGACCUUAGCGAAGACACCAAUGACAGUGAGCGCACCGAUAUAUCCGAUGAGACACCAGUUGAACAAGUCCAGGAGACUUUAUUAAUGACAAAUGGUUUUGAUUUUACCAAUCAUCGUUCGUCACAACGGGCUGACAGUCAUUCAUCUUCACACAGUAGUUCAAAUACAAGUGCCACCGAAAAUAUAUUCUUACAGGAGCCGGUUCUAACACUCAAUGUUGACAAGUCCCCAAAUCAAGCAUCUUCAAUAAAAAUAAAUAAAACUCUGGAAGUUGAGCCGAAAUUUUCUUCACCCACUUCAUUAAAUGCCUCGGUUUUGCACGGACGUUUCAAUCAAAUUGUUUCCCUAAACGCUUCCCCCUCGAAGAGAGACUCGUUUGGCUACGAAAAGAAACCUAUAGAAAUGUUAAAUGGUCAUGAUUAUGCUCUAAUGAUGUUGCCUGAAAAUGACAAUAGUUCCUGUGAUAGUGGUGUGGCGUUUACAAGUACUACUGCUGCCUCAUUGGAUGACUCAGUACAAGCUUCCCCAGCACCGGGCGUGGCACAAGGAAAUCGUAGACGCAAGCCAGCCACUCCACAUCGUAUUGUUUGUUGUUCGCCGAUUAAAGCUCCGCCUCGUGUAGUUUCUCCGGCCGGUUCUCCUUCCACAAGAAAAAUGGCCUCAGCUCUUUCUCCUCGCAAGUCUCAAAGACAUUUGACUACAUCAACUGUUGCCGCUGCUACGACGGGGGGUGGUAUCAUAACUACCGCUGCCGCUUGUAAAACAAGAAGAAGACUGAAUCCAAGUCCUUCUCAGGCUACAAAAGAACACCAGCUUCCGCAACAGCAGACACAAUCCAAUCAGGAAGAUAAACACUAUGUUCAUGAACACGAUGAUGACGAAGACCCUGUCGUAGUUUUGGUCAAUGAUGACGAGGAUGAUAUUGAUGACCAUGAUCAGGAAUGUGAAAAUAUGGCUACAAACAUUUCUGCGCCGGACAACAAAUCUAACCCUCACAUACUGAACGGCAUGUCAAAGUCAAUUUUAAAUUCAGCUAAACAUCCAACUAAUCAACAAAAUGCUACAAACAAUCGAGGAGGGAAACAAAAAAGCCAACAAAGCAAAACAAAAUACACAGUUCAGAGGCCUCAACAUGCACCUCUCAAACAUCAAGCUCCCCAACCUUUGGCUGCUACUAAUGGAAAUCGUGAAAUCAACGAUUUCUUCCCCGUUCGCAGAAGUGUACGCAAGACAAAGACUGCCGUUAAAGAAGAAAUGAUGCGCAAUCUGGAACAGGCCAUUCUAGAGGAACGGUCAGAGGGCCUAAAAAUUGCACACUUCGAGGGCAAAGGACGUGGAAUAAUAGCCGAACGACGCUUUCAACGUGGUGAAUUUGUCAUCGAGUAUGUGGGCGAUUUGAUCUCCACCACAGAGGCUGCCGAACGUGAAAAACGUUACGCUUUAGAUGAAAAUGCCGGCUGUUACAUGUACUAUUUUAAACAUAAGAAUCAGCAGUAUUGCAUAGAUGCCACCGAGGACACCGGGAAACUGGGACGCUUAGUUAAUCAUUCACGCAAUGGCAACUUGAUGACCAAAGUUGUGGUGGUUAAACAAAAACCUCAUUUAGUUUUAAUAGCCAAAGAUGACAUUGAGGCCGGCGAAGAACUGUGCUAUGAUUAUGGCGAUCGCUCCAAGGAAUCACUUUUACACCAUCCUUGGUUGGCUUUUUAGAAUUAGAUGAUUAUUGUUAACAGAUUUUGUACACUAGGAAAGAAAACAAAACAAUAAACACCCUGCCUGACACAUCCCCACACUCUUCAACUCUCUUUCUCCUACAUACACACUCUAACACACACCCAAAACACGCUCACUUAUUAUGAAGUUCUAAGAACUUGAAAAUCAAACAAGAAAAGCCUACUUCAAUCACAACGCAUUCAUUAUUAUCUUGUUCUCAAACACCACACCACAGACUUUUGCUUUUAAGUUAAAUCUCUAUUAUUUGAAAUAACUCUUUCUUUUAAGAAUUUAAGAACAAUUUAAUAAGAGUUUAAUCUCUCCAACCUCGUCAAAACACUGGACAAAAUAGGAGACUUAAAUUUUACGACUUAAGCUAGACAAACUUCAAUACAAAUUCCAUGAGCAAUAAUUGACAUACAAGAAUCUCUUGAUUUGUGUAAUCAAUGCAAAAUUCAAUUCCACCUUAAUAACAUUGAUUUCUAAAUUGUAUGUUCAAAACAGAAAUUUGAGAUACUUAUAGAUGCGCUCAACACAUUUACUAUAUGCUAGAUAUAAAAUUGCUUCUCAUUAUCAGAAACAUUAAACAAUUUGAAUUCAAUUUCGAAUCCAUACAUGCGACUGACUGACUGACAUUCAUACAUACAGUCUUCUUGUUACAGGACCUAAAAAAACUACAAUUCUAGGACUUUUUAGUAGAAUUGAAUAAAUUAUUUAAUUAAUGAUAAAUGAAUGAUGGUUCUCUUAUAAGAUGCCUACGCCUAAAAAAAAAAAAAAAAAAAAAAAUUAUAGAAAAAAUAACAAGAACAACAAA